UGAAUAUUUGGUAAAAUGUUGUAUCCUAUGAUCCUGCUUUCUACCACCGCCGCUGUGAUUGCGCUGGUUUUUAAAAAAAGUAUACGGGAAGCACUAUUAUGUUGCUAUGACUGGAUUCUAGGAAUUUGUAGGUGGUGUGAUAAUUGGGAAGUGGGAACAUAUUCAUCGACAUCCAAUUUAAGUCUUGGAAGUAAUACGACUAUAGGAAUUUGUGUUCGAGAGAUUUUACCACAAUCACCACCACCUGAGUGUUGCGUACCACCAAGUAGUCCAGCCUCUUCAGUUGAUGAAGAAUUACCACUUUCAAUAUUGACAACCGUUGAAGAAGAAAGAUCAUCUCAGUUAUCACCAGAAAGUUCUCAACAAGCUAUCGGACUUGCUGCUGAAAGUAUCGCUGAUAUUUGUGGCUCUACCUUUUCAUUGAAUCAAACACCCACUAAAUCAAAGUUAGACAAGAGGAAAUCUGGAAGUUCUGAUAGCUCGUUGAGAUCAAAAAAAAAUUCAGAAGGAAGUAGAGAACCAACUCCAAGUCCCAGUAAAUCAAAACAAAAGAAGAAAGCAGACGAUGUUCAUCUAAACAUUGAGGAGGAUCAAACAUCAUUUACUGUUGUGAAAGAUAAGAAGGGUGGGAAAAAUAAAUCUCCAGAGAAAUUAUCUACACCUGCAUCUGUAAGUCCAGCAAAAGUUUCUCCAAAACAGAGUCAACCAAUAAGAGUUCAACCUAGAGCUUCUUCACCUGAUAUUCAAUCCUAUCAAGUUAAAUAUACAGAUAAACCAAGCAGAGUAGUAGAUAGCGGUAUAAGUUAUGCUCAAGUUGCUUCUUCUUCUCCUCCUGAACCUAGAGUGGAAAUAGCUGUUGAUGCUGAAGCAGCCCUUUUAGCUAUCAAAGAACCUGAGCCUACUAGGCCUCCACUGAGAAGAAGUCAACAAGAUUCUUCAGAAAGUAACUCUGAAGGUCCGCUAAUUUUCCAAACAGAAACUGUAGUACAUAGGACCGAUUUCACAGAAAAUAAAGAAAACACCCAGGAAAAAGCCCAAGAAGAAUCUGAAUCACAGCCUAAAGACUCUGAAAGUAGCAUAGAAGUUAUACAAAGAUCUUCAUUUGAGAGCAGUAGUUUUCAGGAAGAACCUAAUGAAGAAAUUGACAAGGAAUUGAAUCAAGGAGGAAGUGAAAAAAUUCUGACAAAGGAAAAACUCAAAGAAGAAAAAAAUAUUUCACCUGAUUCAACACCUGAAGACUGUAAAGAGGGGACAACUAGUGGAGACCAAUUUGAAACAGAAAUAGAGGGAACAUCAGUAGUUGAGGUUGUCAAUCCACCAACCUUAACAGAAACACCAUAUUCAGGAGAAGAAAGUCAAUGUGAGGUGGGGGAAGUUGGUUUAACUUCACCUGAUUCUACACAUGAUAGUUUAACAUCAGUUGAAUCAUUAAGUUUCAAUAAAAAAAAAGCUUGUUAUCAAUUUGUACAUGCACGUGGAAACUUUCCUAUAGUACCAAAUACAGAGCCCUCUCAGAACACAAUUGCUGAUGUCAGUUCUGACAUUUUAGAUAAUGAGGCAAAGGAUGAGAGCGAUUUAGAAUCGGUUCUGGAUCCUAAAUCAGAGGAUAUAAGCUCAAGAUCUGAUAAUAUUGCCAGUGAAGAUAUAAGUGGACGAUCUAUAUCUAUUGACGUUAGUGAAAGUGAAAACAGUAGAUCUGACAUUGUUGACCAACAGGGUGUUAAAGUUGAGUUACAACCCUGUAGUUCUAAAUCAUUCUCGUCAUCAGUAGAAAAAGACCCGGCAUUGCUUGGCGGCAGAAUAAGCGAUGUAAGUGACCGUAGUUUGGAAUCAGCUGCAAGGAUAAGAAGGAUAAGCGAUUCUACAACAGAAGAACAAAAAUCCGAAAAAAAGGAAUCGGCUGUUGAGGAUUUAGGAAGAACUCCAGUGCGCUCAUGCAGUUUCGAAAAUAAGUCGAAAAAAAAAUCUAAGAAAAGUAAAAAAAGUCGAGGAAAAAAGAGUAAAGCAGAAAAAGAAAAACAAGAAAGGGCAGAAGGUGUAGAACAUAGUCCAGGAGCAGCACAACUGAAUCCUGAAGAAGAGAAUCAGAGUUUACCAGUAGUGAGCGAAGUUGUUGAAGAAGAAAAGGUAAUCAUACAAGAAGAAGCAGAAACCGAGAAUCAAGCUAUAAACAUACCAAAAUUUCUGAGAAUACAGGAGAAAGAUUCAUCUGAAAACAUCUACAGCAAAACUGAAAAUUUGACAGAAGAAAGUCUGGAAACAAAACCAGAAGAAAUUCCAUUCACCGUUGAGAGGAACUUGGUUCAGGAACCAAGCAUGGAAAAGUUGGAAGAAGAACAGCAAAUUAGAGUUUUGAAACUUGGUGAUCCUCCAAGAAAUCAAGAAUGUUUUCUAUACCGGCUGCAGAAGAAUUGGAUUAUAGAAUUCCGUUUGGGACCCACAUUAUUUGGAAGAAAAAUCGACAUCUUCUGUAACUUCCCAGAAGAUAAGGAUGGAAAAUUGAAGGAAUUCGAUAGUACUACUUAUCAGCUCUUGAAAUGGCAGCAAGAUGGGGAAAGUCAAAAUUCUGAUGAUACUGCUUCUUAUGCUCGAAUUGUAUGCAGAAUAUCUGGACGUUUUCAUUAUUACUUCACUGAUAAGAACGACGAAGACCAUUCAGUUUGCGGUUCCGGAUACUUUUUAGUUGAUCCAGAGUUGACAUUCGGUGACAAUGAGCAUUUGCCCUUAAACAGCAUUCAAUGCCAGACUGUUAUUUCCAAACAGUUGGGGCCCUUUUCUUCAUGGGAAUCUAAGUUGAGGGUGUCGAAAGAAACUGGUUAUAACAUGGUUCACUUCACUCCAGUUCAAGCACUUGGAGCUUCGAAUUCUGCCUACUGUAUCAAGGACCAACUUGAAAUCAAUCCCUCUUUCAAAGAAAACAAUGAUCCUCUAGAUUGGGAAGAUCUGAGAGCUCUCAUCGAAAAAAUGAGAAAGGAGUGGAAAAUUAUGUCGAUUUGCGAUGUUGUUCUCAAUCACACGGCAAACGAAACCCCUUGGAUUAAGGAACAUGUCGAAGCAACAUACAAUUGCCAGAGCUGCAAGUAUAUGCGACCUGCCUACCUGCUGGAUGCUGCCCUAUACAUUUUUGAAGAAGACGUGAGAAAGGGGAUGUACGAAACGAGGGGUAUCCCACCUCUCAUCAGUACAGAAGAUCAUUUGAAUGCCAUGCGGUAUCAACUCAAAGAGACUGUACUGAAAGAAUUGAAACUACAAGAGCUUUUCAUAUGUGAUGUUAAUAAAUGUGUGUCGGAAUUCAUGGAGUUGGCACGGCAAAAUCAACCAGGGAAAGAUGCUGAGGAAAAUAUUCAGCUGGAACUUAUCCAAGACGCUGAUUAUAGAAGAUUGGCGUCUUCUGUUAAUAUGGAUCUGGCUAUGAAGAUUUAUAAUAUUUACAGGCCCGAUUGUUUUGAUGAGGAUACUAGAUUGAGGAGGUCCUGUGAAGAAUUCAAGAAAAAAUUAGAUUCCCUCAAUCAGGCUGUUAUAGAUACUGUUCAAGAUCACUUGAACGCUGCCGUUGAGAAUGUUAUUUCAGGUGUUAGGCAUUGGAGAGUGAGUUCAGAUGGUCCAAAACUGGGUGAAAUAAACGUUCAAAAUCCUCUUAUAGGAAGAUAUUUCACUGAUUACGGUGAUCCCAAAAAUUUGAAAGAGUAUGAAGAUAUCAUGUACAGCGAUGAUGGUAGUCUUUUGAUGGCCCACAAUGGUUGGGUUAUAGACAGUGAUCCUCUGGUUAAUUUUGCAAUGCCUGAAUCUAAUGUUUAUAUAAGGAGAGAGCUGAUACCUUGGGGGGACAGUGUCAAAUUAAGGUAUGGAGAAAAACCUUCCGAUUCGCCAUUCUUGUGGGAUAUGAUGAAAAAAUACGUAGAAUUAACAGCGACCAUAUUCCAAGGUGUGAGACUAGAUAAUUGUCAUUCUACUCCACUUUGUGUUGCCGAAUAUAUGAUGGAUUGUGCCAGGAGAGUUAAACCAGACUUAUAUGUUGUCGCUGAACUUUUUACAAAUUCCGGUUCGAAAGAUAAUAUUUUCGUAAAUCGCCUUGGAAUCACAUCCCUUAUCAGAGAGGCCAUGAGUGCCGGUAACUCACAUGAGCACGGAAGGUUAAUCUAUUUGUAUGGAGGAAAUCCUGUUGGAUCAUUCUAUCAACCGAAUGUCCAUUCCUUGACUCCAACACUUGCACACGCUCUCUUCUUUGAUCAAACCCAUGAUAAUGAAAGUCCUGCUGUAGCAAGAUCAGUAUUUAACUUUUUGCCCAGUGCGGCUCUAGUCAACAUGGCCGGCUGCGGUACAGGAUCUAAUAGAGGUUAUGAUGAACUUGUUCCUCAUCAGAUAAGCGUUGUAAAUGAAACAAGGGAGUACACUGAAUGGAACUCUGAAAAUGCUGAUAAUAUUCCAAAAUAUACAUCAUUCAAAUGUGGGAUAUUAGAAGCUAAAAAGGCACUUAACGAUCUUCACUUCCGAUUAGGAUUAAAUGGAUUUGAUGAAGUGUAUGUCGAUCAAAUGGAUCCUGAUAUUGUGGCAGUUACCAGACAUUGUCCGAAAACCCAUCAAAGAUACAUUCUCGUCGCUUUCACUGCUUUCGGUCAUCCAGACAGUGAUUCACAAAGAGAUAUCAGACCUCUCGUAGUUGAGGGAGUAUUAGAUGAGAUCAUACUAGAAGCUACUAUGAGUCAUUUUGAGUUGAGUAAUGGAGGUUCUAAAUACGCCCGUCAUAAUAAUUUCACAAAGAAUAACCAUUACAUAAAUGGUUUAUCCGAAUAUGUGUUGCACAUGAAGCAGCAUGUUCAGUUGAAAGAUUCCGAAGUUUUUGAAGAAACAUCAUCUGGAAGUCCAAACGAGAUUGCUCUCAAAUUCAAGAACUUCCAGCCAGGAUCCAUUGUAAUCAUAAAAGUUUCACUUCCAAGAGCUGUAUCCGAAGCUGUUGCUGAAGUGAGAAAAUUAGCAGAUCAAUUUUCAUCUACUCAGGAAACAGACUUUAAACGCGUGAUAAAAAAAUUAGAGCUGCGCGAUUUGAACAGAGUAUUGUAUAGAUGCGAUCAGGAGGAAAGAGAUGAAGGCAAAGGUUUUGACACAUAUGAUAUACCAAAUCAUGGAAAACUGGUUUACGCUGGGCUUCAAGGAUUCAUUUCGUUACUGUCUGAAAUCAGGCCGAUGAACAACUUGGGACACCCAAUGUGUGAAAAUAUAAGACAAGGAGAUUGGAUGAUUGAUUAUAUCUACCAGCGUUUGAAGUUAGAUGAAGGCACUGAGGAAUUAGGAACUUGGAUUGAGAAAAACACGAAGUCCUUCAAGGUUUUACCCAAAUAUUUGAAACCAGCAUAUUUUGAUCUGAUUUUUACUAGAAUUUAUGAUUCUCUACUUGAACAUUCUUAUAAUUUGAUGUCCAGCUUCGUAAAGAAAGGAUCUAAGUUCGUCAAGGCUCUCUCCAUGGGCUCAAUUCAGUUUGCAGCUUACAUAAGCUCUGCAAAUUUGCCAACGUUAUCUCCCAAUCUAGCACCGCCUAAACCUCCAUGCAGGAAAGGCGCAGAUGGAAAGGAAACACAGGUUUGCGCGUCUCUCAGUGCGGGUUUGCCCCAUUUCUCCGUCGGUUACAUGAGAAACUGGGGAAGGGAUACUUUUAUCGCUCUCAGGGGACUACUCCUACUGACUGGAAGGCAUCAAGAAGCUAGAUAUCACAUACUUGCCUAUGCGGCUUGCUUACGACACGGUCUGAUUCCCAAUCUGUUAGAUGGGGGACGUAAACCUAGAUACAACUGCAGAGACGCAGUCUGGUGGUGGCUGUACUGCAUCAAAUGUUACACGGAAGAAGUUCCAGAUGGCAUUAAAAUUCUGGAGGAUAAAGUAUCCCGCAUCUUUCCGACCGAUGAUUCCCCGCCUCAGCAACCCGGCGCAAUGGAACAAAGUCUGCAGGACGUGAUGCAGGAGGCGCUCAACAAACAUUUGCAAGGCUUGACUUUCAGAGAAAGGAACGCCGGUAGGGAAAUCGACGAUCAGAUGAAGUGGAACGGUUUCAACAACCAGAUAGGGGUAGAUCCCAAAACCGGAUUCGUCUUUGGAGGGAAUGUAGACAACUGCGGUACAUGGAUGGACAAAAUGGGUUCUUCGGAGAAAGCGGGCAUCAAGGGAAAACCAUCCACGCCCAGAGACGGAUCGGCUUGCGAAAUUGUUGGCCUGUCGAAAUGCGUUGUAACUUGGCUUGGCCGCUUACACGCCAAGGGACUGUACAAGUACGAAAGCGCUGAGAGGAAAAACAGUAAAGGCAAACCGACGAGAUGGACCUACCAUUUUUGGGCCUUCAACAUAAAAGAGAACUUCGAGAAACAUUUUUGGGUAAACGAGGAGCCCACCGAGGGAGAAGAAAAUCAGGAUGUGAUAAACAAGAGGGGCAUCUACAAGGAUUGUCACGGUUCAGCUGUGCAAUGGACUGAUUAUCAACUUCGAUGUAAUUUCCCGAUUGUUAUGGUGGUGGCGCCGGAAUUGUUCGAUCCACAGCACGCUUGGACAGCUCUACAGAAAGUUGAGCAAUACUUAUUAGGGCCUCUUGGUGUGAAAACUUUAGAUCCGGAGGAUUGGUCUUAUAGAGCCGAUUAUGACAAUUCAAAUGACUCAGAUGAUCCAACAGUGGCUCACGGUGCCAACUAUCAUCAAGGACCAGAAUGGGUAUGGCCAAUAGGUUACUUCUUAAGGGCAAAAUUACACUUUGCUGCCAAAAAUAAAAAACUUAAGGAAACUAUAGCAGAAACGAAAUAUAGGUUAUCACGUCACUUCACAGAAUUAAUGACGUCGGAGUGGAGAGGUCUGCCAGAAUUAACAAACAAUAAUGGAGCUUUUUGUAAGGAUAGUUCCAGAACACAGGCUUGGAGUAUGGCUUGUGUGUUAGAAGUUCUUCACGAUUUGCAAAAGAUCGAGUCUUCCAUAAAAUAACAAAAUUUUAAGAAGUUAUGUGCAAUAGUCAGUUUUAACCUUGUGAUCGAUGUGUUCCGUAGUAUAAUGUAACUCUAAUUUAAUUAUUGUAGUUGUAGGUGAAUAUUUUUGAAGGAAUCAACUUAAAAGUGAACAACAAUAAGUAAAUUAUUAUAAACAAUUCAAUAAGAUUAAAGUGUCAAUUGAAAUGGUAAUUUUCAAGGAAAUAUUGCAAUAUCAAAAUUUUCAUAUUUUAAGUGAUAAGAGUUACCAUUGAAGAAAAAUAAAAUAUUAUACAAUAUAAAA